AUGGAUUUGAGUGUAAAGACAGAAAUGGGAACGCACAAGGGAUUCACCUUUGAGAAGUUUAAGUUGGACGGUAGCGCCUUGAAGGAAGCCGCUAUAGCGUCUCCAUACGCUGUUUGCGUGGUUUGUAUCUCCACAGUCUUCGAUCAUGACAUUCUCAAACUACAAAAUCUCCCGAUAGACGACUACCUUAGAACACAAUCCCGAAGCAAAGCAAUGUUCGCCAUGGGUUCUGCUUCGAAAACCAAUUCCUCGGCCACAAUCAAUCUCAACAAGAUCACCAAGACGAAGGCGCAAACCCAAGUUGACGAUCAACAAGUCGAACCCAAGGUCAUUGAAUACUCAAACGCCGUCAACGCCACAACCCUUAUUACCUUGCCUACCGAAAUCCACUUCUUGAUCUUCCAACACCUCGAUCGUGUCUCAUCUGUGUGUCUUGGGCUUACAUGCAAUACGCUCUAUCCAGUGUAUCGGGAAACUUGGAAAAAUGGUGUCCCUCUAGAUGAGUUCUUCGGACCUGACGAAUUCGGCAAAUACACCCCUUUGCCAAUCCUUAUCCAAGGUUUCUUUCCUGGUCUGGUCUUCAGUUUCCGUCGCUGGGCUUUUGAGACUGUGGAAUUAUCUAUGGGAAAGUUCGCAGAAGAGUUGGAAAAGCGCUAUCACUUACCCUUAAGACGUCGUCCAGUCACAGGCUAGAUGAUUUGAGGGUGUACAGAGGUUUUCAUUUGCAGGCGCCACGAAUUGGAUGGACAUACGGUGCGGUUGGAGUAUAGGGCUAUUAGCAAUUGGGUGAG